AUGACCAUUACUAACUACUUCAAUAAACCAAGAUCAAGGUACCCUUUGGCCUUAAAAGAUCCUAACUGCCUUCCUGUCAUAGACUUCACUAAGAAAAACUUAGAUCCAAGUUCUAGUUUUUGGCCAUCUACAAGGCAAGCUGUUGUCCGUGCCCUGGAAGACUAUGGCUGUUUUAUAGCCCUUUAUGAUGAAGUCACUUUGGAACUUAAUGAAGCUAUUUUCCGUGCAUCUGAGGAGUUAUUUGAUCUCCCAACCGAAAUCAAAGUCCUAAACACUUCUAAUACACCUUCACACGGCUAUGUUGGACAAGAGCCUAUUAUUCCUCUCUAUGAAGGUUUAGGCAUUGAAAAUGCCACUACUCUUGAUGGAGUUCAAAAGUUCACCAAUCUAUUGUGGCCCAAUGGAAAUCAUAGUUUCAGUGAAACUGCAUUCUCGUACUCGAAGAUUGUGGCUGAGUUAGAUCAAAUUGUGAUGAGAAUGGUGUCAGAGGCUUAUGGUAUAGAGAAGAAUUAUGAAAGUCUCCUUGGGUCGAUGUCCUACCUUCUUAGGUUAAUCAAGUACCGAAGACCUCAUGAAAAUGAAAAGAAUUUGGGAAUUGUCCCUCACACAGACAAGAGCUUCAUGUCCAUUCUUCAACAAGAUCAAGUAAAAGGUCUUGAGAUCAAAACUAAGGAUGGCGAGUGGAUGGUUAUUGAUCCAUCUCCAUUCUCUUUCAUCGUCAUGGCUGGUGAUGUAUGCAUGGCAUGGACUAAUGGCAGGAUUGAACCUCCACACCAUCGGGUCAUAAUGACCGAAAAUGCAGAAAGGUAUUCACUCGGCCUAUUUACAUUCAUCAGGGACUUGAUUGUUCAUGUACCGGAAGAACUAGUUGAUGAUGAGCAUCCGCUGCAGUUUAAGCCAUUCGAUCACUACAAGUAUAUUGACUACUACUACACUGAUGAGGGCAAGCGAUCAAAAUGUCCCAUAAGAGACUACUGUGGUGUUUAA